GAGGGAGGUUGUUUUGGUAACGGUCGCAGACCCGGAGACCCCAGGAGAAGUGGGGAGUAUAUGAUUUAGGCUCAACGCUGCAAAAUGCGGGAAGAGGGGAAAAAACCCUCGGGCGCUGCACGCUCAGCUUGGAAGAUGCCAGAAGAAAUUAAAGUAUUAGUAGAAGGAGUUUCUCGAUACUGUGAUUGUUUGACUCCUGAGAUGACAACUGCAUCUUCUCCUGGAAGCUGUGAUGAAAAAAGGGCAAGAAAUGCUGGUCAUAACAAAGGUCUCAUACCUAAGUGCAUUUCAGACAAACUAUUCACUGUAGGAGCUGUUGUUGCAAUUGCAACUUUGAUCAUUAUUAUCAUUUCAUUGGCUGUUAAAAAGACAGAAACAUGUUCUCCUUGCCCUCCCCUUGUAAGUGUUGCCUGCCCAGAUUCCUGGAUUAAAUACAAUGGAAAAUGUCUCUAUGUAUCAAAAGAAGAAAGGAAUUGGCCUGUCAGUUUAGAAACUUGUUCUUCAUUUAAUGGCUCCUUGGCUGUGAUUGAUACUCAGAAAGAACUGGAGUUUUUGGUGCAUAUUUUCCAUUCCUCUCAUUACUGGUUUGGUCUCUCAAGAAAAGUUAACCAAAUCUGGAAAUGGUCCAAUGGCACAGUGUUUAAAAAUCAGUUUCCAGUGCGAGGAGAAGGCUUCUGUGCAUAUCUGAACGGAAAGGGGGCCAGUAGUACUGUAUGCUCCAUGGAGAAACAUUUUCUCUGCAGUCGGCCAGAAAGUUGCAUCAAGGCUGGAAUGAAGGGGAGCUCCUGUCUGGGUGGGGGGGAGGGCAGAGCAAUAUGUUGAGUGACAGCAUCUUAGGGAGGUCUUAAUAUUUUGUCUGUUUCUUUUAUUUAAAGCUAAAAAUGUUUAUUUAAGAAUUGUAUUUAAAUAACCCUAAUAACCUCAGUCCUGAAUUAGCUUUUAGUAAUUUUUGCUUUAGAAUUAAGGCUAGCUAAUUAGGAGCCGUGGAGGUGCAGUGGUUAGAGUGCAGUACUGCAGGCUAUUUCUGCUGACUACUGUCUGCCUGCAAUUUGGCAGUUCGAAUCUCACCAGGGU